AUGAAAGUCCUCAUCAGCGGCGCAGGCAUAUCCGGCACUGCCCUAGCCUUUUGGCUCUCCAAGCUUGACUUUGACGUCACUGUCGUAGAGCGCUUCCCCUCUCUCCGAACCAAUGGCCUUCAACUUGACCUCCGCGGCCACGGUAUCGAGGUCUUGCGCCUGAUGGGUCUCGACGCCGCCUUUAAGGAAAAGGCCGCUCCUGAGCAAGGCCUGCAGUUUGUCGACAGUGCGGGCAGACGUCUCGCCUACCUGGCUGCAAAUACCUCUGGAACAGGCAAGCAGAAUUUUACUAGCGAGUACGAAAUCAUGCGCGGCGACCUGUGCCAACUCUUUCACGAUGCGUCAUUGAAACGUGGCAAAGUCAAGUACAUGUUUGACAUGACUAUCAAAGAGUUGCAGGAGAACCAAGACGAUGUGAUUGUCACGUUCUCCGAUGGCCAGGUUGAAACGUUUAAUCUCAUCGUUGGCGGUGAUGGGCAGUGGUCACGCACACGACGCAUGAUGCUCGGUAGCACCGCCUCGCCUGACCCGGCCUUGCACCUGCUCCCCGGCAUGUACGCCGGCUACUUUACCACGCCUAUCCCCAUGCGCGACAACGAGGGCUUCGACUCGACCGUCUACCUAGCCUCUCGCCGGCGCAGCGUCAUGACACGCCGCAGCGACCCGCGCUUCCUGCAGGUGUACAUGGCGUGCAGCUCCGACGCCUCCUCUGGUAUCCAGACGGCGCGCCGCGGCGACACACAGCAAGAAAAGGCGGCCUUUUACGAGAGCUACCGCGGCGCCGGAUGGCGCGUGCCGGAGCUCGUUGACGGCCUCGAGGCGUCUGAUGACUUUUACUGCGAGCGCAUCGGGCUCGUCAAGCUAGACGCGUGGCACAAGGGUCGCGUCGUGCUCGUCGGCGACGCGGCGUACUGCCCCUCGGUGCUGACGGGCAUGGGGACGACGUGCGGCAUUGUCGGGGCGUACGUGCUCGCGGGGGAGCUGAGCCGGCUAGGCGGCGGCGGCGGCGGCGACGACGAAGCUCCGACGCAUUCUACACUGCAGGAUGCGCUGGCGGCGUACGACGCGCGGUUUCGGGCUUUUAUGGAUCAGGUCCAAGACGGCGUUGGCGAGGAGUCCAUGUUCACCAAGUUAUUGAUGCCUUCAUCGGCGUUUGGGAUUUCCGUGUUGAACUUUUGCCUGAGAGCAAUGACGUUUCUCGGCAUUCGUCUGUCGUCCAGCUCGUUGAUGAAGGAGUCUGUAAAGAACUGGGACCUACCACAGUACAAAUCACUUAUUGAGAAGGUUUGA